AUGGGGCUAGCUUAUGCACUCGUUCAUCUGGUGUUCAACCUUCCUCCAGCCCUUCUAGGGACCUUUCUCUACGGGCCCUUUUUCACUCGUCUAGACCUUUACAAGAUCCUAUCUCUAGUCGUGAUUGCCGUGAUAUCAACCACACCCUGGGACUCCAACCUGAUCCGGCAACAAAUAUGGACCUACCCGCCCGAUGCUGUGCUAGGCUGGACCCUCUUCACCAUCCCCGUGGAAGAGAUCUUUUUCUUUGCCAUCCAGACCUAUAACACCGCUCUGCUGCAUACUGUCCUCACAAAGCGGCUGGUGCUACCUAUGUAUCUGCCUCGCUUUCCUAAAGCAACGCGUCGCUAUCGGGACAACGGGGCUUUGGUCAUUUCCGGGGCUUUUGGUCUUGGUUUUGCUUCACUCUGGUUGGGGGGACGGGCCACUUAUCUAGGCUGGAUUCUGAGCUGGGUGUGUCCGGUUCUGCUGCUUCAAUGGUUGAUCACGUAUCCAUUUCUUCUCGCCUUGCCUCGCAAGCUGGUCCUGACAUGCAUCUGUAUCCCCACUUUCUACCUCUGGUACGUGGAUACACUGGCAUUAGGUAAAGGAACGUGGGCUCUUUCCCAAGGCACGAAGCUGAAUAUCCAGUUAUGGCAGCAUCUUGAGGUGGAAGAGGCACUAUUCUUCCUAGCCACAAACACGAUGAUUGUGCUCGGUCUCAUCGCCGUGGAUCACGCCAUUGCUACAGCGCAGUACCAGAUAGCCGCUGUCCCCGACGAGAAAAACAAAGCCUUCCCUUCUUUCUGGGCGUUACUCGUGGGGUAUCUCCGAAGAGAUGAUAUCUACGAUGCAGCGUUCAUCACCGAGUUGUUGGAUGCGGUGAACACGCUGCAGAAGAAGAGCCAGAGCAUGUACAUGGCCAGCGCGGUUUUCCAAGGGCAGUUGAGGAUCGAUCUAAUCUUUCUAUACUCAUUCUGCCGAACCAUCGACGACCUAGUGGACGAGGCCCACGACCGCGAGACCGCACGCUACUGGAUCGACGAAUGCGCCACAGCAAUCGACAGACACUUCCACCCCGCGGCAAGCACAGCACCACACAUGCCCACAAUCCAGCAGGAAUGUGUGUCGUCGUCCGAGUCCUCCCGCCGACUCUUCGCCUCGACGAACCGCCUCCCCACCGGCCGAAUGGACAGCGGCCCGCUUUCCGAGCUCCUGAAUGGCUUCCGCACCGACCUCAAAUUCGACGCCCUCCACAACCAGUUCCCUAUCGCCACCGAGGCAGAUCUAGACCGGUACGCAUACCACGUCGCGGGCACCGUCGCCGUCGCCACCAUUCAACUCAGCCUAAGCCACUACCCGGAGCACCGCGCGCAGAUGAGCGAGGCUGAACAACGCGCCGUGAUGGCCGCCAGCGAGCGCAUGGGCCAGGCGUUACAGUACGUGAACAUCGCGCGGGAUGUGGUCGUCGAUGCGAGGAUCGGCCGCGUCUAUCUCCCGACCUCUUGGCUGGAAGCGGAGGGCCUGACUCCCGCGGAGGUCGUGAGGAACCCCGGAGAUGAUCGCAUCCGCGGCUUGCGGGAACGGAUGCUCCUGAAAGCGGACGCCUGGUAUCAUGAGUCGGAACGGAUGAUACGGCAGCUGCCGGUGGAGGUUCAGGGUCCCAUGCGUGUGAUCGUGGAUGGGUACAUGGCGAUUGGCGUUGUGGUUCGCGAGGAACUUCGGCGCAAGACCGGACAGACGAAGGAGGUGAAGGCGAAGGUGCCGCUUUGGCGUCGCUUGGCUAUUGUCUGGUGGGCGAUGGUCAGACGGUAG